ACUUGUUAUACAAAUAGUAAAUUAUGAUUGCUUCAUAUAUACAGUACAAGAAGCUGAAAUCAACUAUAGAAUGGAUAACGAUGAUGAUUAUCAUUAUUCAUUGCAUUUAUGGAAGUAUAUUAGUCAAUUCACUACUUAUUUUACAAGAUUAAGUAUUUAACUUGUAAGAAAUACAAUAUAUUGUACUAUAUAAUAUGCCUACUGGUAAGCUGUAAACUUAAGCACAUAUAUUAUGUCUUUCAUGUCACUUUCUUUUCUCCAAUAAACUUUUAAAGCGUGAACAGAUAGCAGAAGUUAGGAAGUUCAUCAAAAUCAUCAAGCAUUUACGGUAAAUGAGGGUAGGUAUAUAGAAUAUAUUUAUGACCCUGAAAUUCUAGAAUCUUCUGUUAAACAUAAUGAAAUCGGUGAUAAGAUUAAACAGUGAUCCCAUGAGAACAAAAAAAAAACCAUAAUUAUUCGUGGAAAAGAUUUGUAGCUUAGGUGGAUGAUUUUGAUGGAGUUUUGUUCUGGUAGAAUUUUGUGCUGAUGAUGUCGUUCAGAAGAACGAUGACAGCUCCGCGACCAAACCAACCAGCUCAGACAACGAAACCCCAUCGAAAGCAUAGCCAAUUGUUUGCUAGAUUUCUAAAACGUAUUAUUUAGGCAAAAUGUGUAAAGUAUUUCCAUUUGAUUCGGAAAACUUUCAAAGAAUACAAUCAAGCGCUCAAAAUACGUACAUUUACCAACUAAGUUUUUUUCAUCAAACCAAUUUUACUUACUUAUGAGUAAUAAAGAUAUUUUAUACUUAAUUUUCUUUUCACCAUUCCUACUCAAAGCGUAAUGCUCGUGGAAAUGUGAGUUUGAAAAUUAUUCCCAGUUAUAGAACACAUCCAUUACAAUGUGAAAUCUAUGUUCGUGCAAUGUUUGAUUAUAGUCCUGAAACUGAUGAUUUAAUACCAUGUACUCAAGCUGGUAUACAUUUUCAUAUUGGUGAUAUAUUACAAAUUAUUAGUAAAGAUGAUCAUAAUUGGUGGCAAGCUCGUUUAUGGGGUUCGGAUUGUCAAGCACCAGCGGGUUUAAUUCCUAGUCCAGAACUUCAAGAAUGGCGUAUGGCAAAUAAAGCAGCUGAAUUAUCACGUGAAAUGGGUAUUACACAUUGUGGUGCAUGGUUUAAACGUCGUAAACGUCAUUUUAAAGAUAAAUACAAAAAUAAACAUUCAGCUAUUUAUGAUCAAUUAGAUUUAGUUACUUAUGAAGAAGUUGUCAGAUUACCACAAUUUCGUCGUAGAACAUUAGUAUUACUUGGUGCACAUGGUGUUGGACGACGUCAUAUUAAAAAUUGUUUAAUUCAAUCAUCACCUGAUAAAUUUGCAUAUCCUAUUCCUCAUACAACUCGUACACCACGUAAAGAUGAAGUGAAUGGAAAAAUUAUUAUUUUAUUUCACAUGAUGAAAUGAUACGUGAUAUUGCUAAUAAUGAAUACUUAGAAUAUGGUUCACAUGAAGGAGCAAUGUAUGGUACAAAAUUGGAUACAAUAAGACAAAUACAUGCAACUAGUUUAAUUGCUAUAUUGGAUGUUGAACCACAAGCAUUGAAAAUAUUACGUACUGCGGAAUUUGCUCCAUGUAUUGUAUUUAUUGCAGCUCCAACUCUCACUAAUAUCACUAAUGGACAGAAUAAUAGUAACAAUAAUGGUAAUGAUAAUGACGAAAGUCUUGAAAGAUUAACACGUGAUAGUGCAUUAUUAGAACAACAUUAUAGUCAUUUUUUCGACUUAAAAAUUAUUAACAAUGAUAUUGAAGAAACAAUUAUUCAACUUAAACGUGUAAUAGAUGACUUUCAAAUUACUCCACAAUGGAUACCAGUAACAUGGGUCUAUUAAUUAUGAUUCAUUUAAUCAUGAUUACACAAUGUUGUGAAUAAUGUUACAAUUGGACAAAAUGGUUUUGUUUCUUUCAACUUCUCGUUAUUCUUAUUAUCAAUUGGAUGGUUACUUUGCAUAGAAUGUGCUUUCUUCUAUUUAAAUUCGUUUCUUUCUCUCUCCUCCCUCUCUCUCUCUGUGUGUGUGUGCAUCUAUUCAGUUACAUCUUGUUUUUUUAACCUUUUAACCUUUCCCUUUGCUACUAUUCUUUCAUAGUAUCUCUGUUCUUUCCCAACCAACCCCUUAUUCACAUUUUAGUUUUUUCUUAACUACGUAAUUCUGAUUCCUCAUCGUAUUCAUAUCAUUAUCUUUCUUGUUUAUCCAUGUUCAAAAUCAAAGGAAAUGUUUUCAUUUUGUAGAGAUGAUCAAACAGAAAACUCCACCUAGUCAAUUAUAAUUUCUAAUCCAUCAUCGUUAUUCCAUUGCAUUUCUCUGUAUAUAUAAUAUAGUAGUCAUCUAAAAGAUGCUAUUGCUUCUUUUACUUUUGUUGUUGUUGUUGUUAGUGUUGGUGUAUUGUUUAUUGACUUACUAAAUCAGUAUUAAGUAGUAUUGAAAUCUUUUGUCGCACAAUUUACUUCACGUGAUCAAUCGUAAUUUUAAUUCAUUGAACCUUGAUCAUAACAUGAUCAUUAUGUUAAUAGUUAAUUCUGUUUUUUUGUUUGUUUUUCGGUUUUAACUUUUGUUUGAUGGUGUUUGUUUUCUUUUUUUAAAUUAUCAAGUUCUACUUUCAGUUAAUAAUUUUUUUCUGUCUGUAUUUACUUUAAAUAAGAAUAAAACUAAGUUUCAGUUGAAAUGAAUAUCUCCUCAAUGAUGGUCAGAGAUGUUGUUUUCUAAUUUUAAAGCUUAUUCAACUAACUUACAUAAUUUAUCAUCCUACUUUUUCAAAUGUUGGAGAAGAUUUACAGCUCAGUUGAAUGCUUCAACAUGAAGAGGUGGGAGCCGAUGAGAUUAUCUAGAACGACACGAUAUUCAAGGAUGCUCAGUAUUUAGAUUAUCUAACGAACGGGGCAAAACACCAGAAUAUAUGGGCAUUGUUAAAAUAAGUAUUUCUUGACUUGCAUAAAUCUAUGAUUUGAC